GAUCACCAGGUAAAUACAUCAGCUAUUGGAGGUCCCAGAGCUGCUGGAUUGUUGCUAUAUAGAAUAAUGCUGCUGACUACUUGGAGUAUUUUGGGCUUACCAGGAGUUAGUAAAAAAAAGGCUGAAGAAGCGGUUCGCGGUUCAUCUGUUAAAAUAGAGGGUCGUGACGUUCUUGCUACGUGGAAACUUCUUGUUGCACUUGUUGUAACACCUCUUCUUUAUAGCUUUUAUACAUUUAUCGUUGUUCUUGUGUCAUUUAGAAAAAAAUGGAUAUUAAAGUGGAAAGUAUUUGCCCCUAUAGCAACAUUUUGUACAUUGGUAACAGGUAGUUAUGUAACUAUCCGAUUUGUAGAGAGUGGACUUGAUGUAUACAAAUCAAUCCGUCCACUAUUUUUAUCAUUACUUCCGUGGACAAGACCAUCUAUUGAGAAUUUGCGUGCAGUUCGAGAACAAUUAUCUGACAAUCUUACUAAUUUAAUUAACGAAUUAGCACCGAAAAUUUACCCGGAUUUCAAUGUUGAUCGAAUAAUCGAGGCAGCUGAACGUUCAUCAAUAACUCCGACCAAAAGUUUAUUCCAAUCUCCGAUUGAUUGGAUUGAUGAUAAAGUAUUCAACUGGGAUCGUCUUUCAGGAGAUACAUCUGAAGUGGACGAUGUGCUUUUCUUUUUUGAAAAGAAUAAUGGUAGCGCAUCAGGGCGUAGUAGAACAAGUAGUUGGGGAAGCGGAUCGAGCUCUAGACUAGGUAGCAGGGCAAAUUCAUUUGUUGGAACUUCAGGUGAAGGAUUUCGAGUUGAAGCUAUGACGAGAUUACCAAAGGACCAACCGUUUUCUACCGUCACCAGGCGAAUAAUGACAUCAGUGUCAAACAAAGAAAAUGAGGAUGAUUCAGGAUAUCAAGGGGAUAUGGAUGACAGAUGA